AUAAAUGCAUGUGUGUAUAAUAUAAGUACACAAAUUUAUUAUGUCAAAAAAAACUUUUAUUUUGGAUGCAAUUUAUUUUUGUCCAGCAAUAAUUUUAAACUAUAAUAAGAAACUCAAUAUAACAAUUUUAAAGAAUAAUGGAAUAGUAUAUCAACAGUACAAAACAACACUUUUCUAUAUUCACAGAGAUAAGUUUGUCGUGUGUGUGUGUGCGUGCGUGCGUGUGUGUUUUCAUGUGAAGAUAACUUGCCUGACCUUAUGUUACUCCCUUUAACACGUAAAAAGCAUCAUGUUUUGCAGAGGAGUGUCCAGGACGCUUUAAACGCCUGUUACUCUGUCUCAUGUCUCCUCCCCUUUCCUCUCUCUUUUUCCUUCAUCUGUUUAGGACUCCUCUCUCUAGAGUUCAGUUUGCAGAGUGAUCUUCAGCUUCAGACUGACCUUUUCUCUGGAUUUCAGCAGCCUCUUUUUUUUAAGGGGAAUUUGCUCAGUCAUGUUGGGUUGGAGAGGAACACUUCUGUGUGCAUUUCUGUCUCCGCUUUGGACAUUAACUCCAGGUUCUGCUGAUAAAGGCUGCAGUGGCUUUGGGCACUUGGAAAAUGGACGUAUGUUCUUCCGCUAUGGAGGAUUGUAUGUUACCUUCACCUGUAAUCCAGGAUUUCGGAUACACGGUUACCGUACUAGCAGUUGUGUGUCCGGACAGUGGGCUAGAGAUCCUCCGCUAUGUGUAGCAUCAGGAUGCCCAGGUCCAGGUGAUCUCCUGCAUGGCAGCGCUGUGGUGUCUAGAGACAGAUCUCUGGCAUCCUUCAGCUGUGAUGCUGGAUUCUAUUUGUCUGGAUCUGCACUGCUCUACUGCAAGGGGAAAAACUGGAACAGCACUAAACCUGUCUGCAAAGUGGCAGAUAUCAUGAGUGUUCUCCAUCUGAAUCAAGAGUUUUUACAUGGUCCAGCAUAUGUUCCUACAAGUCUAAAAAAUCACUUGCAUAGCCAUUUAAACACCAUGGCCAUCACAGCUCACAAAGACACGUUUCUCAAAUCAGCUUUACUUGAAGUUCCUCACGUGACACUCGACUUAACUGACGACAAGCAAACCAGUAGAAAACCUGUAGAGAAAAAGCCCUCAAAGAGUGUUUUGUUUGCAGCUGAGCCAAUCAAAAACCCUGAAAACAUCAAGGAUCUAAUCAGGAGCUCUGAUCUUCAGAAGCCAGUUCCAGUGACAUCCAAUGUGAACACAAUGUCAUUCGCAAGUUCCUUUUACAAUUUUAUUUUAACCACCACAUCAAGCAGCUUUAAUACUCCAUCAGUGAACUCUCAACAAGUCAAAAUCAUGGAUCAGAUGUUUACUGAAACACCAUACAGAAGGAAUGAGAAAGGAUAUCAGUCCACAUGUGUUACAGAUACAACCUCAGUCACUACAUCUGCUGAGCGUUUACUAGAAUACCUUAAAAAUAAACCAUUAACUACACUUGCACCAAACAUCAACACAUUGGGCACAAAUGACUAUCUACAAUCAGGGAUCCUCGACAAUGAACAUUCAGCCACUUUUAAAUCUCCAACAGCAAGUUAUCCUAGAUUUAUGCUCUCUGAAAAUGAGUCUGCUAACUAUCUGAAGCCAACUGCUCCAUCUACUUGUAGAGGACUCUGUGAACAAGAUGUUCAGAAAACAUCUCCAUCAACAAAUCCCAUUGGACAUGCAUCAUCUAGCAUGCAGAUCACUAAAAUAGCAUCUGAUCUUCCUCCAGUAGAUGUUCACCGCUUCAUUUAUAAUGCUGAAGAUCAGCAAGUCAAUGACAAAAGCAACCAGAGUGACGUUAAACUGACAUUUGAAUCUCUUGAAGAUCUUCCAAGUUUUCCAACUAGAAAACGUCCUGUCUGUCCCUACCCUCCAUUUCCUUCUCAUGGAACGUUCUACUUUCGAUCUAUUAAGAAUCCUGGGCCGCUCCAAUAUAAGCAUUAUAUUCAGUAUGCAUGUUAUCCUGGAUAUACACUGACUAGUGGUGACGUCUACAGCUAUUGUGAACACGAUGGACAAUGGAGUGGCCAGACACCUCUCUGCUUAGAAUUAACUCCUUGCUCCUUACACAAUGGUGGAUGCUCUCAGAUCUGCCGUGUCAAUGAACAUCAUCGUGCCCAGUGUGUUUGCAAACCAGGAUUUCUGCUUUUAGAGGACCAGCGCACUUGUCGAGAUUUGGAUGAGUGUGUGGAGGAGCUGCACCUGUGCCAGCAGGCCUGUGAAAACACCUUGGGCUCAUACAGGUGCAGUUGCAGUCCAGGAUUUCAGCUCUCUGCAGACGGGACAUCCUGCUCUGAUGUGGAUGAGUGUCAGCUUGUUGGUCGGGCCCUCUGUGAAUUUGGCUGCAUUAAUACACCAGGCAGUUUCCAGUGCUUGUGUGCUGAAGGGCACCAGCUGGACAGCACAAACAGACAUUGCAUAGACAUUAAUGAGUGUGAGGAGGAACAGUUGCAUAUGUGCGAGUGGAAGUGUGUGAAUCUGCCUGGUACUUACAAAUGUAUCUGUCCUCGUGGAUACAGACUGCACUCUAAUAGACAUCAAUGUGAAGAUAUUAAUGAGUGUGAACUGAAAAACGGCAGCUGUUCACACCUCUGCAUAAACCACAGAGGCGACUACAAAUGUGCCUGUCCAGAAACACACAGAAUAUCCCCAUACAACCCAAAAAACUGUCUGCCAGUAGAGAGACACCUGAAAAUCACUUGAGGAUAUUUUUCUGGUUUUGUAUAUUAUUUUACCUGACUUUUGUAUUGUAUACAAUAUAGUUCAUAUUUUGCACCCACUUUAUAUGCGUAAGCUCUAAUGGUGAUGGAGACAUUGGUCCUAACUAUAUGUGUAAUUUAUAUGUAUAUACACUGUAUUUAUGAUAUUUAUUAUUCUAAAUUCAUGUUAUUGCUUACCAAGAAUGUGGUGAUUUCUUACCACCUGUUGUUUUAGAACGGUAAUCUAAUGGAUUGUUUUUAUUUUGGUUGAGAUGUGAUGCUGCGGCACCACCCAGUGGUCAGAUUGCGGUGUUACAUUCCUGAGAAAUGACCACAUAAACACCUUACAGCCAUUUUAUUAGGUACAUCUUGCUACUAAUGUCGUCACACUCAUUUUGCCUUCACAUCUGCCAUAAUUUACUGAUGUAAACAUUUAACAAUGUGCUGGAAUUAUUCAUCUGAGAUUCUGAUUGUAGCAUCACCUUGUUGGCUGCACAUUCAUAAAUCUCAAACACAUCACAAAGGUUCUCAUUUGGACAGAGAUGUGAUGGCAAUGGCAUAUUGAGAAUAUUCCAGUAAACUUAUUAUCAUGUUCAAGAAA